GGAGUGUGUCUGGUUAUCUUUGCGCUCCUUGGGUUCGCGCCGCCGCUGCCCGAGCUGGGAAAGCGCGGUCGUGAAACCUCGCCCGGUUUGCUGACCCGGCUCAAACCGGAUUCCUGCCCGGAACCCUUAGCCCGAGGGGUGCGGGACUCGGUGCUCCGAUUCCCUCCUUGGGUCCUGCGACACCCCCGCGUCCCCGACUACGGGAGUCCCCGGCACCUUCCCUGGAGUGAGGCCUAGCCCGGCCCGGCUGCCCGGUGUCCCCGCAGACUCCCGCCAUGGGCAACACGAGCAGCGAGCGCGCCGCGCUGGAGCGACAGGGCGGCCAUAAGACGCCCCGAAGGGACAGCUCGGGGGGCGCCAAGGAUGGGGACAGGCCCAAGAUCCUGAUGGACAGCCCCGAGGACGCCGACCUCUUCCACUCCGAGGAAAUCAAGGCUCCAGAGAAGGAGGAGUUCCUGGCCUGGCAGCACGAUCUGGAAGUGAAUGAUAAAGCCCCUGCCCAGGCUCGACCCACGGUCUUCCGCUGGACGGGGGGCGGCAAGGAAGUGUACUUAUCUGGGUCCUUCAACAACUGGAGUAAACUUCCGCUCACACGAAGCCAUAACAACUUUGUAGCCAUCCUGGACCUGCCGGAAGGAGAGCAUCAGUACAAGUUCUAUGUGGAUGGUCAGUGGACACACGACCCUUCUGAGCCAGUAGUAACCAGCCAGCUUGGCACAGUUAACAACAUCAUUCAAGUGAAGAAAACUGACUUUGAAGUGUUUGAUGCUUUAAUGGUGGAUUCCCAAAAGUGCUCCGAUGUGUCUGAGCUGUCCAGUUCCCCGCCAGGACCCUACCACCAGGAGCCCUACAUCUCCAAACCGGAGGAACGGUUUAAAGCACCGCCCAUUCUCCCCCCACAUCUGCUCCAGGUCAUCCUGAACAAGGACACGGGCAUCUCUUGUGAUCCGGCUUUGCUUCCUGAGCCCAACCACGUCAUGCUGAACCACCUUUAUGCACUGUCUAUCAAGGACGGAGUGAUGGUGCUCAGCGCGACCCACCGGUACAAGAAGAAGUAUGUCACCACCUUGUUAUACAAGCCUAUAUGAGGAGCUGCGAGCAGCCGUGAGCCCGGAACCCGGGCACCACCAGGCUUCACACCCGCAUGCUUCCCACCGAAGGGAAGGGACUGUCAAUUCCCCAUUUCACGCUCUACGACAUUUCAUACCUGCCCUAGUCCUGCCUGAAGGUCGGUUCUGGGCACAGCAGCUCCUGGCACGCCUCCGUCUGUCACGGCCCUCUCCACACCCAGUGGCCGAGAGCAGAGUCGAGGACGGAAGGCCCGCAGCCCCACCACAGGGCGCAAGGACGGGUGCACUUCUAAAUACACACCCCCCAAACCGGUCGUGGAGGUUUCCUUAAGCCAAAAACAAACACUAGCUGCUUUAGUAGCAAAUACCUGGGAAGCAGGAACAGGCCACACAAAGUUUCUAAUUGUAUGUGUGUUUUUACGGCCUGGCUCUGGCGCUAACGCCAAGUACAGUGUUGGUGUUGCCCGGCCUCUGCAAUCAAAGCAAUACUGUCUCCCGUCCUCUGCUCCAGGGAGGUGUCAUUUCUAUAGCAAUUAGCACCUGUCUGAUUUCAGGUGCAGUUUUACAGUUGUUACACUUACGUGCACUAAGUUUUGUUGUGUGUGUUUUUUUAACCAAAAAUGGCUGAUGUACAGCCUUAGGGCAAUUUUCUAAUCACCCAGCUAGAAUGUAGAUCAUGUGAACAAACUGCUCAGCAAUAAUCUGUUCUCAGAACAGACUUCGAAAACCGCUGCCGGAUUUCUCCAUUAAGCUGGAUGACCCUGAGGACUGGCCCCUGUUAGCAGCAAGGUCGUCCAGCUUUUUAUUCUCAUCGUAAUGAGGUGACAGUGUUACCAUGAAAACCUUGGGGGAGCACCUACCCCAGCCUAUGCCACCUGCUCAGGACCUCUGUCCCUACCUAGAAGGCGGUCGCAGUUCUGUUGCUUAUUCUGCAAGGAACUUAGAACGCGACAGCUGCCUUUAAAUUUGUGUUGGGAUGACAUCCUUUGGACCAAAACAAACCUCUUUAUGCUGGGCUUGGCUUCCGGGGAGAUGCCACAGAUGUUACCAUUAGUACAGGCUCCUGUCCCCAAGUCAGCGGAAGCUGUCAUGCUCUGUGUUCCUGCUGGGACACAGAGGAAGGAACUCCUGGCUUCCAGUACCUGUUCCAUAAACCCGAGUCCGGGUUAAAAUAACCCUUUUUUGUUACUGUUUCGAAACACUGAGUUAUUGUCGCCUUGACGUACAGGUUUCAAUAAAGCAUUCAUUCAGUG